CUUGGCAAUACAAUCCACAGAUUUUGUCCCAGAACAUCAUCUCCCCAGUGGCUUUGGAUCUCAUUGUAUCUGUUGUUGUAAUUGGCCCUGAUAACGUCCACAAGCUUGGUCAGAGUGCCUUUGUAUUCCACAUUUGUGUGAAGGGCCUGAGGAAACUGGUUAAUGGCAGGAGGUUAAUAGAGAAUGGCCCUUUGACACUGCAGCCUGGUAUAGUGGGGCCGUUUGAUGAAGCAGAUCUUUCUACCAAGCAGGAACUUGAUGCUGAGGAUAUGAAAUGCAGCUCCACGGAGAUCUUACCUAUUGAAAGCCCGAGUGAACCAGAGUGCAAAGAACCAGGAGAAUUUGAAAUACCACUAACCAAUCUAAGCUUACCAAGGCAACAUUCUCCAGGGAGUUCAUUGGGUGCCGGAUUCCAUACAUUUCCAUUUUCUGCUGUGUGUAAAAUUAAUUUGCUUAGUGCUGGAGAAUCGACUAAUAAAUAUUGUAUGCUGUGGCAACUGGGAAGCUGCAGAAACUCUUGGGUCUCAUUCUUGCUUACAGUUCCAAGAUUUCAAGAGCCCAGCAGUCAAUAUUCUCUUGCAGAUAUGAGGAAUAUAUUUUCUAUCAAAGAAGACAGCCUUGUGAUUAACCCUGCAAAAGCAAAGAGGUGGAGACAAGCAAGACUAAAUCCAAUAAUGGCCGAAACUUUGGAGCAUUUGAAAGCAUAUUUGUGUCACAAUGGUCUGUCUUCUAAGGAAACUAAGCUGGAGAUCUUUCUGCCUAUGAAAGUGCUUCAGCUGGAACCCUGGCUAGAACAUCAGAGUCGACCUUUGCCCAUCAUGCCCAGGAGUGAGAAGUCUACCAGUGUUCACAGAUUACAUACACACAAGAGAGCAUCUUCAGAGAAAGAAGUGCCACAUCUGUUUUUGUCUGAUGAAUGUGUCUCUGUUAAAAAGCCAAAAAAGGAAGAAAAUCCAAAGAAUAACCAAGAAGUAGCUGCUACAAUGAUGCAGAACACAGAUGAUAGUCGAAUUGGACUUAAUCACUCUGUGCCAUCUGUUGAACCAACUUCCUCUUCAUGGAUCAAGGCAUCUUAUGAUAAAAAACAGAAUGAUUUGGACCUUUUGAGCGAGUUUAUUACUCUGAGAAGUAAAUGCAAGACUUUCACUUCAGAUGCUGAAGUCACAGGCCAUCACCAAAACAAUGAAUUUCAAGAUAAAGAAAAGUGUUCUUUGACUCUUCAAGAAGAAAGUCCUAUUGUUCCUAAUAACAAAACUCCAGAGGAAGUAUGUCAAGAAAGGGCAGAUGAUGUCAUCGAGAUUCAAGCAUCAGACAUCCAGUGCCAAGCAUACUGUCUCCUAGAAGCAGCAGCAACUCCUGUCUUAGAGAAGCUUGCUUGUCUCUGUACUUACCCUGCUGCUGAUUGGAAAUUUGCCACUGUCAUUUUUGACCAAACAAGAUUCUUCUUAAAGGAACAAGAAAAAAUAAUAAAUGAUGCUGUUCACCAAGGUAAAAAUGAUGACAGAGAAAUGAAGUUCAGACAUGCUGCUCUCUUACAUCUCCUGGUAACAAUCAGAGAUGUCCUUUUAGCAUGCAGCUUGGAUACAGCAUUAGGAUAUUUGUCAAAUGCAAAAGAUAUCUACAAAAGCAUGUUGGACUCCUGCUUGGAUAACAUUUGGAGACAGCUGAAAAUUUUACAGUUUACUAAGGGGAAAAGGCCUAAAACCAACUAUAAGAUCGAAGAAUUACAAUGUCAGAUACUAAGCAGGUUGCAAAGUCAACAACAAAUUAAGGUUGAUUUGAAAGUCUUGAAUGACUUUUGCUUAACAUUGACUGUUUUACGUUCAAAUGAGAGAAAAGAUUUUCUGGAAACUACUGGUGUUUUAAAAGGUGCAAGUUCCUGUGUGGUUGUGCAUAAUCACAGUAUCGGAGCAGAUUUUCCCUGGAGCAGCUUCUCACUGGUGGUAGAGUACAAUCACGUGGGACACUCUUGCUGGCCUAAGCACUGCCAGCAGUUGAACGUUCCUUUCCUGGCCUUUAAAGUCGUUCUUCCAGACACAGCUCUGAAAAGAAACACCUUGCUGGAUAGAUUUGGUGGGUUUCUCUUGGAAAUUCAGAUCCCAUACAUAUUUUUUGCAUCUGAAGGAUUGCUUAAUACCCCAGAAAUACUCCGGCUGCUGGAAUCUGACUAUAAUAUCACACUAGUGGAGAGAUGCUGCUGUGAGUCACUGAAACUCUUCGGGAGCACAGAGUGUUAUGUAGUGGUCACAAUCGAUGAGCAGACUGCUGUAGUUGUGCAGGACCUAGGAGAAUUAUAUUAUGAGAAGGCAUCAGACAAUAUCAUUAUGAGAUUAAUGGCAUUGUCAUUCCAGUAUAGCUGUUGUUGGAUAAUACUAUAUCCCAAGGCAACAUUAAAUUCAGAGUACCAUCUCACAGAGAAGACACUUCAUCACCUCUCACAGAUUUAUGCAGCUUUAGCUUCCUCUGGUCUUAAAUCUGAAGAACUGGAUGUAAAGCUUAUAAUUGCUCCAGGAGUAGAAGAGACUGCUUUAAUAAUUCGACAAAUCGCAGACCACAAUUUAAUGACAUCGAAGAGAGAUCCUCAUGAGUGGUUGGAUAAAUCCUGGGUUGAAGUUUCACCAUCUCAGGAAGAGAUGAACCUACUUGAUUUCCCAUGUAUUAACCCACUGGUGGCUCAGCUCAUGUUACACAGAGCUCCUUCUCUGCACUGGCUGCUGACAGCAUCGCACACUGAUCUUCAGGGACUCCUACCCCAGGUUCCAGACAAAGUACUGAAGCAUUUUUGUAGCAUCACUUCCUUGUUCAAGAUUAGUUCUUCCUCCAUGACAAAGUCACCUCGAAUUUCAUCACUUCAGGAAGAUAUGAAUCGAAGUCGACCCUUUAUUUCUCAGAGUCUGGCUGCUGUUAUUCAAGAACAUGAUGGAUAUUGUUCCUAUGGAGACUCUGAAGAAGCAGUGCUGGAAGGCACAAGCUCUUCUCUUCUGGGGCUAAGAGAAACACCGUACAUGUUGCCAUCUGCAGCAUCUCACAGUCACACCAGUUCCUGGACAGACUCCAUAUGUGACCCUAAUGCAGUGCAGGAUAAUCCUUUUCUAAUUAAUGAGGAAUCAAAGAAAGUGACUCGGCACUCCUUUCCAAGUCAGGAUGAUUCAGAAUCAGGUGUCUUUUCUCUGGGCCUAACACAAAUAAACUGUGGACCUGAAAUGUUGCCAACUGAUACUCAGAGGAGAGUUAUUCAUAAUUUUGUAAGUUAUCCUAAAGCAGAAGGAAGCAGAAACAUGCAAGUGUCCACCCCUGCCUUUUUACCAGAGGCUUCUCAACCCUACCGUUAUUGGGACUUUAAGAAAAACAGUGAUAGAAAACAGAUCCAUUCAUUGAGUUCAAGCUGUAGAGCAGAACAGACUACCUACAACAAAUGGUACCCACAAAAAGAUGAGUUAUUCAGUGAUCAGCCUGAGCAUCUUUGGGCUGACUUGGAAGAGUUCACAUACAGACAUUCAACUGCUGGGAGAGAGCUGCCGUCUGUUUCCAGCUGGGAUUCAUUCUGUGCUCCUGAUUUUAAUGUAAACCCAAGAGGAUUCAAUGGCCUUAAUUUCUACCAAACAUCUGGGAACUACUUAGGACAGAGAAGACUCCCUGUAUCUUCAUCUAGUUGGGGAGACUAUGAAACACCAACAGGCUUAAUGUACUCACAAGUACCACAACCCAAAAGACAACGUCUAACAUAUGAAAAAGUCCCUGGAAGAAUGGAUGGACAAACCCGGCUGAGAUUCUUAUGAAGGACAGAAGGACAGUGCCAUGUGCCAGAUUUUAUGAUAACCCAGUAGCAAAAUGAUUAGGAUUGAUUAUACAUAAAAGAAAAUAGCAUUAUUUGUACAUGUUCUCAGUGUUUCUACCAUAUAUUCAAUUUCCAUAAUAUAUAUUCUGUCCUGUAAUUUGCAUCUAAAUCUGAUCAUCUGAUUUAUCAAUUAGCUUAAUAAGCCUAAG